GAAAGGUCAGACAUGGAGCUUAGGGACAUGGCUUAGUGGGUGACAUUGGUGGUCAGGCCAGAUGAUCUUGAAGGUCUUUUCCAACCUGAAUGGUUCUAUGAUUCUACGACUCCCUUGUCCUAUUAGUUAAAACUAACAUUAUUGAAAAAGUGCAGCCAGCAGGUCAAGAGAGGUGAUUCUCGACCGCCCUCUUGUUGAGCCCCCACCUGGAGCACCAUGGUCACCUCUGGGGCCUGCAGCACAACAACCACAUGGAACCGUUGUAGCAGGUCCCAAAGAGGGCCAUGAGGACGAUCAGAGGACUGGAGCACCUCGCCUAUGAAGGCAGGCCGAGAGCAGGGGAGACCUGAGAGCAGUCUUCCAGUACUUUGAGGGAAGAGGGGGGAGGGACUCGUUAUCAGAGAGUGUAGUGACAGGACAAGGGGCAGUCGGGGUUUAUAACUGAAAGCGAUUUAGAUGAGAUACAAGGAAGAAAUUCCUCACUGUGAGGGUGGCAAAGCACUGAACAGAUUAGAUUGCCCAGAGAAGCUGUACAUGCCCCAUCCCUGGCACUGUUCAAAGCCAGGCCGGAUGAGGCUUUGGGCAGCCUGGUCUAAUGGGAGGCACCCCUGCCGUUUCUGCUGAGAGGGAUUUCUCCGCCCGGUUCGUGGCUGCGCGCGGCUCUACUGAGAGGUACCGGCCCUCCCGCCGCCUCCAAACGGCCGCCGCAGAAGCCUGCUCCAGUGACGCCCGCGCUCUCGCAGCCGGCCCCGCUUCCAGCCACUCGCCCUAGCAGCCUCCAGACUGCUGCGAGCGUAGGCGCGCGCGGCGAGCCCGCGCUAGGACCUCCGUUGCUGCCUCAGCGCAGCGGGCAGUCCGAGCCCGCCCUGAGGCGACUCCUCGAGCCCCCAGCACGCACUGCACGCAGCACCUCGGCCCGCGCCGACACGCGAACGUCCCCGCUCAGCAAAACUCAAGCCCGCCCCCUCUGGAGCGCGCGGGUAACAGCCAAUGGGAAGCCAGCGCGCGAAGCCGAGCGGAUCGAGACGGUUACUCGUCGGCAGUUGGCAGUGCUCGGCGGGAGGUGGCGGACGCGGUCUGGUGCAGUCGAGGCUCCUGAGCUUGGCCAGGCAACAUGCGUGAAUGCAUAUCUAUCCACGUUGGUCAGGCUGGUGUUCAGAUUGGCAAUGCAUGCUGGGAAUUGUAUUGUCUUGAACAUGGGAUCCAGCCUGAUGGUCAAAUGCCCAGCGAUAAAACUAUCGGAGGUGGAGAUGAUUCAUUUAACACUUUCUUCAGUGAGACAGGAGCUGGUAAACAUGUUCCCAGAGCAGUGUUUGUGGACCUAGAGCCAACUGUAGUUGAUGAAGUACGUACAGGCACGUAUAGGCAGUUAUUUCAUCCUGAGCAGCUCAUUACUGGGAAAGAAGACGCAGCUAAUAAUUAUGCUAGAGGCCAUUAUACCAUUGGAAAAGAGAUUGUUGAUCUCGUGCUAGACCGCAUUCGCAAACUGGCUGAUCUGUGUACAGGGCUGCAAGGUUUCCUUAUCUUUCACAGUUUUGGAGGAGGCACUGGUUCAGGGUUUGCAUCUCUGCUCAUGGAAAGGCUCUCUGUUGACUAUGGAAAGAAAUCUAAACUAGAGUUUGCAAUUUAUCCAGCACCCCAGGUUUCCACUGCUGUAGUAGAACCUUACAAUUCAAUUUUAACUACGCACACCACACUGGAGCAUUCAGACUGUGCAUUCAUGGUAGAUAACGAAGCCAUUUACGAUAUAUGUCGUCGCAACCUUGAUAUAGAACGUCCUACUUAUACCAAUUUAAACCGACUAAUUGGGCAAAUUGUUUCAUCCAUCACCGCUUCACUGCGUUUUGAUGGAGCCCUCAACGUAGAUCUCACUGAAUUUCAAACUAACCUUGUCCCAUACCCACGAAUCCAUUUCCCCCUGGUAACAUAUGCUCCUGUCAUCUCUGCUGAAAAAGCGUAUCACGAGCAGUUAUCUGUGGCUGAAAUUACCAAUGCUUGUUUUGAACCAGCUAAUCAGAUGGUAAAAUGCGACCCUCGCCAUGGCAAAUAUAUGGCCUGCUGUAUGUUAUAUAGAGGUGAUGUCGUACCUAAGGAUGUUAACGCAGCUAUUGCUACUAUCAAGACUAAACGUACCAUUCAGUUUGUGGAUUGGUGCCCAACUGGAUUCAAGGUGGGCAUUAACUAUCAGCCUCCAACUGUGGUGCCAGGUGGUGACCUCGCAAAGGUGCAGCGGGCUGUGUGUAUGUUAAGUAAUACAACUGCUAUUGCUGAAGCAUGGGCUCGCCUUGACCACAAAUUUGAUCUCAUGUAUGCUAAACGUGCCUUCGUACAUUGGUAUGUUGGGGAAGGAAUGGAGGAAGGAGAAUUUUCUGAAGCCCGCGAAGAUUUGGCUGCGCUUGAGAAAGAUUAUGAAGAAGUUGGGGUAGACUCAGUAGAAGCAGAGGCUGAAGAAGGAGAUGAAUAUUUAGAAAACUGAAGUCUGGAAAAGUAUGUUCAGCAACAACAAAUUGCAGAACCCUGUUCACUUGUUUGAUUGUUUUCAAAUAAAGUUUUAAAGGUUC